UAACUAACUGUUAGUAAUGGAUACAUUACAAUAUCUUAUUUUGCUAUUAUGGAUGUGCAGCUGCACAACAGGACAGGUCCAGCACAGCCUACAGAACACACCAGUUGAAGACGCUGCCGUGCUCACCUCCUGCGACUUUAACCAGGACAGUGUACCAUUAUGCGGUUUCACCCAGGACAGCGCAGAUGACAGUGACUGGACCCGACUUAAAGGUCCAACCCCUACAACUGGCACUGGACCGAGUGGAGACUACCCUGAUGGAAAGGGAUUCUACAUCUACCAUGAGUGUGACAAUGUUGCAAACCAGCAGAAAGCUCGUCUGCUCAGCCCAGCCAUCACAUCAUCAGCCUCUCAGAUCUGCGUCCAGUUCCGAUACCACAUGUAUGGCUUGGAUUCACAAAACAACUUAAAGGUUCUGGUUAAGCGCGCCAAUGGGGAGACAGAGGUGUGGAAGAAGACUGGAAUGCAGAGUCCCACCUGGCUGCAGGGCUCAGUCACAGUGUCCAAAUCCAGCACUGAGAGUGUCAAGAUUGUAUUUGAGGCACAGAGAGGCCUCAGUGCUUCCUGUGACUCAGCGUUGGACAACAUUGUCAUCACUGAAGGAGCAUGUCCCUCAUGUGUUGUCAGCUGUGAUUUUGACAAUGAUGGAGACCUCUGUGGGUGGGAAAUUUACAACGACAAUAGCGACCCAAUUUUUUUCGGCUUUGAGCUAUGGAAUGGGCCAACAGAUACUGAAGGCACAGGCCCAGACGAUGACUUCUCCAAACCUGGAUUUGGGCAAUACCUGUUGAUGGAUUCAGGUAGUGUCGUCCAUGGAGCUAGUUCUCAGAUCAGAAGUCCUAAGGUUAUGCCCACCUCAGGCUGUCUGGACCUCAUCUUCUACUACUACCUGUAUGGCACCAGCAACAACAUGCAGCUCAGUGUCCACACCAUUAACACAGGUGGAAAUUCUGGACCUACUCUUUUCACUGUCAAGGGUAAUCAGGAUAAAGGCUGGAAGGCUGCAGAAGUCCGCUACCUGGGAACUGCUGCUAUUCAGUUUGUGAUUGUUGGAACCUUUGGAGAAACUGCUAAGACAGAUAUUGCUGUUGAUGCUGUGUGUAUCAUGUCCUGCAGAGCUCAGCCAACAACUCCUCAACCGCCAAUAACAAGUCCAGUACUAACUACGCCAACAUCAAAUCCAGUUACAUCUACACCAAAUCCAGUAACAAGUACACCAAUUCCAGUAACAACUACACCAAUUCCAGUAACAACUACACCACUUCCAGUAACAACUACACCAAUUCCAGUAACAACUACACCAAAUCCAGUAACAACUACACCAAUUCCAGUAACAACUACACCACUUCCAGUAACAACUACACCAAUUCCAGUAACAAGUACACCAAUUCCAGUAACAACUACACCAAUUCCAGUAACAACUACACCACUUCCAGUAACAACUACACCAAUUCCAGUAACAACUACACCAAAUCCAGUAACAACUACACCAAUUCCAGUAACAACUACACCAAUUCCAGUAACAACUACACCAAAUCCAGUAACAACUACACCACUUCCAGUAACAACUACACCAAUUCCAGUAACAACUACACCAAAUCCAGUAACAACUACACCAAUUCCAGUAACAACUACACCAAUUCCAGUAACAACUACACCACUUCCAGUAACAACUACACCAAUUCCAGUAACAACUACACCAAAUCCAGUAACAAGUACACCAAUUCCAGUAACAACUACACCAAAUCCAGUAACAACUACACCAAAUCCAGUAACAACUAGACCAAAUCCAACAACUCCUGUGCAGACUACGCCAAAACCAACAACACCAGUCCAGACUUCACCAACAACUGUAGUACAUACUACAACACCAACAUCAUGUGAUACUGUAGGACCAACACCACCACCAACAACACCAAGACCAUCUACAAUGCCACCAAGACCAUGCCCUCCUGAUGCAGAGUAUAUAGAAUGUGGUCUAGCUUGUAAACCUUCCUGUGAAAAACCCUCCACGAACUGUUCUGGCCCCUGUAUCAGUGGCUGCUUCUGCAAACCAGGUUUUGUCUUUAAAGGAGAGCGCUGUGUGCCACUGGAGAAAUGUGGCUGUCUUGAUGACGACAAUAACUACUAUCAGCCUGGAGAGAUCGUAUAUGGAGAUGAUUGCUCAAAACUGUGUCGCUGUGUAGGGAACUACACAUUGGAAUGUGUUGACAACUCCUGUGACCCUACUGAAGAGUGUAAAGUUAUUAAUGGUGUUGCGGGCUGUCAUCCUAAAGGUGCAUCCACAUGUAUAGCGUCUAAUGAUCCCCACUACACCACCUUCGACAAACACAGAUACAGCUUCAUGGGCAACUGCAGCUACCUGAUGACUAAAACUUGCAACAGCACGGUUCUGCCAAACUUUGAGGUCCACGCUGACAAUGAAAACCGCUACAACAGUCCCACCAUCUCAUAUGUAAAGGCAGUACACGUAUAUGUACAGUCAACAAAGAUCUCCAUUCUCAAAGGUGGCACUGUCCAGGUGAAUGGGACCAAAGUGAACCUGCCAUUGACUCUGCCCCCUAGUGUUUCUCUCCUCAAGUCGGGAAAGUACUACACCGUGUCCAUGAACUUUGGUGUGACUGUUCGCUAUGAUGGAAACCAUUACAUGGACAUCAAAGUGAUUGAAGACUAUAAGAACUUGCUGUGCGGCUUGUGUGGAGAUUAUGAUGGAAAUUACAAAGAUGACUUCCGUAAGCCAGAUGGAUCACUGACCAACAAUGUCAAUGACUUUGGACACAGCUGGAACACUGACCCAGAGUGUAUUAAGAAACCCAACACCACCAUCCCUGGGUGUGAUGAAGAUGAGCAUGAGUUGUAUGAAAGCUCUGGAUACUGUGGGAUCCUGCUGGACAAAAAGGGUCCUUUUGCUGUGUGCCACCCCAAAGUCAACCCCAAUAGUUACUUCAGGGACUGUGUCUUUGACCUGUGUGAGCUGGAUGGAGCCAAGCCCAUUCUGUGUGAAGCCAUUGAAGCCUACGUGAAUGAGUGCCAGGACCGUGGGGUCACCAUUGGACCGUGGAGGAAUGAAACCCUCUGCCCCCCGGAGUGCCCCUCCAACAGCCACUAUGAGCCGUGUGCAGACCCAUGUCAGGAAACGUGUUCUGGGAAACCUCCCUCCUGUGGUGGACCCUGUUCUGAGGGCUGUGUGUGUGACCCUGGCUAUGUCCUGAGUGCAGGCCAAUGUGUCAGAAAGACCACAUGUGGCUGCCAAUACAUUAUCAACGGCCAGUAUUAUGAGCCUGGGGAGGAGUUCUAUUUGGAUAACUGUAGGGUGAAGUGUAAGUGUGAUGCACCCUUUGUUACCUGUACGGCCCAUGAGUGUCCUCCCACGCAAGAAUGUAAACUUCAGGAUGGAGAUCUGGGCUGCUAUCCCACUGGUUCUCAAGACUGUGUGAUCUCUGGAGAUCCUCACUACAACACAUUUGACAAGAAGUUCUUUAGUUUCAUGGGAACAUGUACCUACACGCUGGCCAGAACCUGCGGGAACACCACAGGUCCUUGGUUCUCAGUGGAGGGGAAGAAUGAGGAGAGAGGACAGCCAGAUCUGUCCUACCUGAGGAAACUCUACGUCACUGUGGAUGGAAUCACUGUGACACUUAUGAAGGCCAGAAGGAUACUGGUGAAUGGACGGAGGGUGGCCCUCCCUAACUCUCCCUCUCCUCAUAUGUCCAUCAGUCUUGCUGGACAGUAUGUCACUGUGCAGACUCCCUUUGGACUCCAGGUGCGGUGGGACGGAAACCACCAUGCUAAGAUCACAGUUCCCAGCACCUACUAUGACCAGAUGUGUGGACUCUGUGGCGACUAUGAUGGGAACCCAAAUAAUGACUUCACCAAACCAGAUGGCACCCUGGUAGGAAAUUCUAACGACUUUGCGAACAGCUGGCAGACAGAAGAGGAUGAGGAUGAUUCGUGUGUUGCAGGCACCAAGCCUGACCCAGAGUGUGACGAGAACCUCGCGGCUGAGGUGGUGAAACCAGAGAAAUGUGGAAAAAUCAAAGACCCUGCUGGACCAUUCAGGGACUGUAUCAAUGUGGUCAAUCCCAUUCCAUUCUUCCAAAGCUGUGUCUAUGACAUGUGUCAGUUCAACGGAAUUCAGCGUGUGCUGUGUGACCAGCUGCAGGCCUAUACUGAUGCCUGCCUGAAUGCCGGAGCCAAAGUCCACCAGUGGAGGACUCCAGAUUUCUGCCCCCUGGACUGUCCUCAGAAUAGCUCGUACUCCCUGUGCGUGAGCUCGUGUCCGGAGACAUGUCUGGGUGUGGUCGGACCACCUGGCUGUGAGGAUGUGUGUGUGGAGGGAUGCAAGUGUGACCCAGGCUUCAUCCUCAGCAAUGACAAGUGUGUGUCUCUGAAAGACUGUGGCUGUGUGGACAACAGUGGAACCUAUCAUCCAGUGGAUGAUGAGUGGUACUUAAAGGGGUGUGAGCAGAAGUGUGAGUGUCACAGUGGAGGUCAGAUCCAGUGUCGCAACACCAGCUGUAAACCAACCACUGAGAGCUGCCAGCUACAUAACGGAGAAUAUGAAUGCCGACCUGUGGGAAAUGGAAUCUGCUCAGUAUCUGGUGAUCCUCACUACAACACCUUUGACAAAGUAACCCACCACUACAUGGGAGCCUGCUCCUACACCUUGACCAAACCGUGCAACAACUCAGAUGAUAUGCCGUACUUCACUGUGGACACCCAGAAUGAGCACAGAGGAAGUAACAAGAGGGUUUCCUAUGUCAGAGCUGUAGUGAUCAAUGUGAGCGGUGUGACUGUCAUCCUUGGCAAGGGACGCAAAGUCCAGGUCAAUGGGACGGCGGUCAUCCCACCUAUCACUUCUAUCAGUGGAGUCAAGAUCUACUUAAGUGGAAAGUUUGUCAUCCUGGAGACAGACUUCGGCCUGAGGGUGCGUUUCGAUGGUAACCACCAUGCUGAUGUCUCUGUGCCAACCUCCUACAGUGGCCUGCUCUGUGGCAUGUGUGGAAAUUUCAAUAAGAAUCCAAGAGACGACAACCUGAAACCAGACCAAACACCAGCCGCUAACACCAAUGAGUUGGGAGACAGCUGGCAGGUUCCUGACCCGCGGCCUGACUGCACCAACGGUGGAGGACAUGAAGAGUGUGACAAGAAUGUGGAGGAGGAGGCCCAGAAACCAACCAGCUGUGGCAUGAUCACCGAUCCUAACGGUAUCUUCAAGCCUUGCCACUCUGUCGUGCCCCCGAACCAAUACUUUGAAAACUGUGUGUACGACGUGUGUGCAAAUGGAGGUCAGACUGUGGCUCUGUGCCAGGCCAUAGAGAGCUACGCUGAUUUGUGUGCUGCAGCAGGAGUCCCCAUCGCAUGGAGGAAAAACAACACCUUCUGUCCUAUCAAGUGUCCCUCAGGCAGUCAGUACAAUCCAUGUACCUCUGCGUGUCCUCAGCCCAGUUGCCAGGACCCUGCAGGCUCCGGUGGCUCCUGUAAUCAGCCCUGUGUGGAGGGAUGUGUCUGUAAUCCUGGGCUCAUCCUCAGUGGAGACAAAUGUGUCCCGCUCAGUGAGUGUGGAUGCACUGAUGAAGGUGGAAAUUACAGGCCGACAGGAGACACUUGGUUCUCAGAGAAGGACUGUUCAGAGCGCUGUAAGUGUAACGGCAACCACAACAUCACCUGCGAGCCAUGGAAGUGCAGCCCUACACAGGAGUGUAAGGUGGUGGAGGGAGUACUAGGCUGUUACUCUAGAGGAAAUGGAAUCUGCUCAGUAUCUGGUGAUCCUCACUACAACACCUUUGACAAAGUAACCCACCACUACAUGGGGUCUUGCUCCUACACCUUGACCAAACCCUGCAACGUCUCCACCGACUUGCCGUACUUCACCGUGGACACCCAGAAUGAGCACAGAGGAAGUAACACUAGGGUUUCCUACGUCAGAGCUGUAGUGAUCAAUGUGAGCGGUGUGACUGUCAUCCUUGGCAAGGGACGCAAAGUCCAGGUCAAUGGGACAGCAGUCGUCCCACCUUUGAAUCCUGCCAAAGGAGUCAAGAUCUACUUAAGUGGAAAGUUUGUCGUCCUGGAGACAGACUUUGGCCUGAGGGUGCGUUUCGAUGGUAACCACCAUGCUGACGUCACCUUGCCGACCUCCUACAGUGGCCUGCUCUGUGGCAUGUGUGGAAAUUUCAAUAACAAUCCAAGAGACGACAACCUGAAACCAGACCAAACACCAGCCGCUAACACCAAUGAGUUGGGAGACAGCUGGCAGGUUCCUGACCCGCGGCCUGACUAUGUACCUCAGGUAGGAUGCUCAGAUGUCGAAAAAGAGCACUUCUACGAUCUGUUGCAGAGCACAAUCGCCAAGAUACCCGCCUCAGAGACCCUCUUACCUAUUGAUGACUGGAAUGGUCAUGUUGGGUGGGUUUCCCAAGGAUUUGAAGAGGUCUACGGCGGUCACGGCUUUGGCGAACAGAACACGGAAGGGAAGAGAAUACUGGAAUUUGCACUGUCAAAUGAUCUGCUCGUCGGAAACACUUUUUUCAUCAAGAGGGAGUCCCACUUAGUUACCUACACUUCUGGCAACCACAGGACCCAGAUUGACAAUGUACUGUUCCGUCGGAGCUUCAGAAAGGCUGUCAUCGACAUAAAAGUCAUCCCCGCUGAGAAAGAGAUAUUUGCUGUCAUUGAUUAUCACGGUGAAGAUGUGUACCGUAUUGCCAAGCAGAUGGAGCAUUCAAACCAGGACAUUGUAGUUGAGAAGUGUGUCAGUAACGAUGCAGGUGAACUCACUCUCAAUGACAAGGACAAAAUGAAGGCUUGGGUUGAACACUACAACAAGUUCUUGAAUGUGGAAUGCCCUUCAAGCAUUAAUGCGGAGAUGCUGAAAGCUGCAGGUGAGGAGGGUAUUGAGUUGACUAGGCAACUAGCUGAAGCGGUCUUCAGUAAUGGAACUGUGCCUAGUGAGUGGGAGAAGAGCUUCAUCCUCAACCUCUACACGCUAUCCGUGCGACCACUAGAUGGUCGCCCUACAACACAAGUCACAGUGGAUAAGGUGGUGCUGGACGUGGAAGCCAGCUCCUGUUUCCUUGGGGACAUGUGGUACAGGCACAUUGAACGAGCCAGCGGCUGCUUCAACACCAUCACCAAAUUGCAGUUGCAAGGCAACAGAGGUUGUGGUAGCCCGAGGAAAACCCGAAAUGAGUGUGUCAAGAGGGACAUCAAAGUGUGUGGCCUCAACAGCAUUGACAGACUGGACUGCUGCCUACCCCUGUGGCAGGGACCCCCGCAGCACUGCACCAACGGUGGAGGACAUGAAGAGUGUGACAAGAAUGUGGAGGAGGAGGCCCAGAAACCAACCAGCUGUGGCAUGAUCACCGAUCCUAACGGUAUCUUCAAGCCUUGCCACUCUGUCGUGCCCCCGAACCAAUACUUUGAAAACUGUGUGUACGACGUGUGUGCAAAUGGAGGUCAGACUGUGGCUCUGUGCCAGGCCAUAGAGAGCUACGCUGAUUUGUGUGCUGCAGCAGGAGUCCCCAUCGCAUGGAGGAAAAACAACACCUUCUGUCCUAUCAAGUGUCCCUCAGGCAGUCAGUACAAUCCAUGUACCUCUGCGUGUCCUCAGCCCAGUUGCCAGGACCCUGCAGGCUCCGGUGGCUCCUGUAAUCAGCCCUGUGUGGAGGGAUGUGUCUGUAAUCCUGGGCUCAUCCUCAGUGGAGACAAAUGUGUCCCGCUCAGUGAGUGUGGAUGCACUGAUGAAGGUGGAAAUUACAGGCCGACAGGAGACACUUGGUUCUCAGAGAAGGACUGUUCAGAGCGCUGUAAGUGUAACGGCAACCACAACAUCACCUGCGAGCCAUGGCAGUGCAGCCCUACACAGGAGUGUAAGGUGGUGGAGGGAGUACUAGGCUGUCACUCUAGAGGAAAUGGAAUCUGCUCAGUAUCUGGUGAUCCUCACUACAACACCUUUGACAAAGUAACCCACCACUACAUGGGGUCUUGCUCCUACACCUUGACCAAACCCUGCAAUGUCUCCACCGACUUGCCGUACUUCACCGUGGACACCCAGAAUGAGCACAGAGGAAGUAACAAGAGGGUUUCCUACGUCAGAGCUGUAGUGAUCAAUGUGAGCGGUGUGACUGUCAUCCUUGGCAAGGGACGCAAAGUCCAGGUCAAUGGGACAGCAGUCGUCCCACCUUUGAAUCCUGCCAAAGGAGUAAAGAUCUACUUAAGUGGAAAGUUUGUCGUCCUGGAGACAGACUUUGGCCUGAGGGUGCGUUUCGAUGGUAACCACCAUGCUGACGUCACCUUGCCGACCUCCUACAGUGGCCUGCUCUGUGGCAUGUGUGGAAAUUUCAAUAACAAUCCAAGAGACGACAACCUGAAACCAGACCAAACACCAGCCGCUAACACCAAUGAGUUGGGAGACAGCUGGCAGGUUCCUGACCCGCGGCCUGACUGCACCAACGGUGGAGGACAUGAAGAGUGUGACAAGAAUGUGGAGGAGGAGGCCCAGAAACCAACCAGCUGUGGCAUGAUCACCGAUCCUAACGGAAUCUUCAAGCCUUGCCACUCUGUCGUGCCCCCGAACCAAUACUUUGAAAACUGUGUGUACGACGUGUGUGCAAAUGGAGGUCAGACUGAGGCUCUGUGCCAGGCCAUAGAGAGCUACGCUGAUUUGUGUGCUGCAGCAGGAGUCCCCAUCGCAUGGAGGAAAAACAACACCUUCUGUCCUAUCAAGUGUCCCUCAGGCAGUCAGUACAAUCCAUGUACCUCUGCGUGUCCUCAGCCCAGUUGCCAGGACCCUGCAGGCUCCGGUGGCUCCUGUAAUCAGCCCUGUGUGGAGGGAUGUGUCUGUAAUCCUGGGCUCAUCCUCAGUGGAGACAAAUGUGUCCCGCUCAGUGAGUGUGGAUGCACUGAUGAAGAUGGAAAUUACAGGCCGACAGGAGACACUUGGUUCUCAGAGAAGGACUGUUCAGAGCGCUGUAAGUGUAACGGCAACCACAACAUCACCUGCGAGCCAUGGAAGUGCAGCCCUACACAGGAGUGUAAGGUGGUGGAGGGAGUACUAGGCUGUUACUCUAGAGGAAAUGGAAUCUGCUCAGUAUCUGGUGAUCCUCACUACAACACCUUUGACAAAGUAACCCACCACUACAUGGGGUCUUGCUCCUACACCUUGACCAAACCCUGCAACGUCUCCACCGACUUGCCGUACUUCACUGUGGACACCCAGAACGAGCACAGAGGAAGUAACAAGAGGGUUUCCUACGUCAGAGCUGUAGUGAUCAAUGUGAGCGGUGUGACUGUCAUCCUUGGCAAGGGACGCAAAGUCCAGGUCAAUGGGACAGCAGUCGUCCCACCUUUGAAUCCUGCCAAAGGAGUCAAGAUCUACUUAAGUGGAAAGUUUGUCGUCCUGGAGACAGACUUUGGCCUGAGGGUGCGUUUCGAUGGUAACCACCAUGCUGACGUCACCUUGCCGACCUCCUACAGUGGCCUGCUCUGUGGCAUGUGUGGAAAUUUCAAUAACAAUCCAAGAGACGACAACCUGAAACCAGACCAAACACCAGCCGCUAACACCAAUGAGUUGGGAGACAGCUGGCAGGUUCCUGACCCGCGGCCUGACUGCACCAACGGUGGAGGACAUGAAGAGUGUGACAAGAAUGUGGAGGAGGAGGCCCAGAAACCAACCAGCUGUGGCAUGAUCACCGAUCCUAACGGUAUCUUCAAGCCUUGCCACUCUGUCGUGCCCCCGAACCAAUACUUUGAAAACUGUGUGUACGACGUGUGUGCAAAUGGAGGUCAGACUGUGGCUCUGUGCCAGGCCAUAGAGAGCUACGCUGAUUUGUGUGCUGCAGCAGGAGUCCCCAUCGCAUGGAGGAAAAACAACACCUUCUGUCCUAUCAAGUGUCCCUCAGGCAGUCAGUACAAUCCAUGUACCUCUGCGUGUCCUCAGCCCAGUUGCCAGGACCCUGCAGGCUCCGGUGGCUCCUGUAAUCAGCCCUGUGUGGAGGGAUGUGUCUGUAAUCCUGGGCUCAUCCUCAGUGGAGACAAAUGUGUCCCGCUCAGUGAGUGUGGAUGCACUGAUGAAGGUGGAAAUUACAGGCCGGUAAGUGUGCUCAUCAGGACACGAGACACUUGGUUCUCAGAGAAGGACUGUUCAGAGCGCUGUAAGUGUAACGGCAACCACAACAUCACCUGCGAGCCAUGGAAGUGCAGCCCUACACAGGAGUGUAAGGUGGUGGAGGGAGUACUAGGCUGUUACUCUAGAGGAAAUGGAAUCUGCUCAGUAUCUGGUGAUCCUCACUACAACACCUUUGACAAAGUAACCCACCACUACAUGGGGUCUUGCUCCUACACCUUGACCAAACCCUGCAACGUCUCCACCGACUUGCCGUACUUCACUGUGGACACCCAGAACGAGCACAGAGGAAGUAACAAGAGGGUUUCCUACGUCAGAGCUGUAGUGAUCAAUGUGAGCGGUGUGACUGUCAUCCUUGGCAAGGGACGCAAAGUCCAGGUCAAUGGGACAGCAGUCGUCCCACCUUUGAAUCCUGCCAAAGGAGUCAAGAUCUACUUAAGUGGAAAGUUUGUCGUCCUGGAGACAGACUUUGGCCUGAGGGUGCGUUUCGAUGGUAACCACCAUGCUGACGUCACCUUGCCGACCUCCUACAGUGGCCUGCUCUGUGGCAUGUGUGGAAAUUUCAAUAACAAUCCAAGAGACGACAACCUGAAACCAGACCAAACACCAGCCGCUAACACCAAUGAGUUGGGAGACAGCUGGCAGGUUCCUGACCCGCGGCCUGACUGCACCAACGGUGGAGGACAUGAAGAGUGUGACAAGAAUGUGGAGGAGGAGGCCCAGAAACCAACCAGCUGUGGCAUGAUCCCCGAUCCUAACGGUAUCUUCAAGCCUUGCCACUCUGUCGUGCCCCCGAACCAAUACUUUGAAAACUGUGUGUACGACGUGUGUGCAAAUGGAGGUCAGACUGUGGCUCUGUGCCAGGCCAUAGAGAGCUACGCUGAUUUGUGUGCUGCAGCAGGAGUCCCCAUCGCAUGGAGGAAAAACAACACCUUCUGUCCUAUCAAGUGUCCCUCAGGCAGUCAGUACAAUCCAUGUACCUCUGCGUGUCCUCAGCCCAGUUGCCAGGACCCUGCAGGCUCCGGUGGCUCCUGUAAUCAGCCCUGUGUGGAGGGAUGUGUCUGUAAUCCUGGGCUCAUCCUCAGUGGAGACAAAUGUGUCCCGCUCAGUGAGUGUGGAUGCACUGAUGAAGGUGGAAAUUACAGGCCGACAGGAGACACUUGGUUCUCAGAGAAGGACUGUUCAGAGCGCUGUAAGUGUAACGGCAACCACAACAUCACCUGCGAGCCAUGGAAGUGCAGCCCUACACAGGAGUGUAAGGUGGUGGAGGGAGUACUAGGCUGUUACUCUAGAGGAAAUGGAAUCUGCUCAGUAUCUGGUGAUCCUCACUACAACACCUUUGACAAAGUAACCCACCACUAUAUGGGGUCUUGCUCCUACACCUUGACCAAACCCUGCAACGUCUCCACCGACUUGCCGUACUUCACUGUGGACACCCAGAACGAGCACAGAGGAAGUAACAAGAGGGUUUCCUACGUCAGAGCUGUAGUGAUCAAUGUGAGCGGUGUGACUGUCAUCCUUGGCAAGGGACGCAAAGUCCAGGUCAAUGGGACAGCAGUCGUCCCACCUUUGAAUCCUGCCAAAGGAGUCAAGAUCUACUUAAGUGGAAAGUUUGUCGUCCUGGAGACAGACUUUGGCCUGAGGGUGCGUUUCGAUGGUAACCACCAUGCUGACGUCACCUUGCCGACCUCCUACAGUGGCCUGCUCUGUGGCAUGUGUGGAAAUUUCAAUAACAAUCCAAGAGACGACAACCUGAAACCAGACCAAACACCAGCCGCUAACACCAAUGAGUUGGGAGACAGCUGGCAGGUUCCUGACCCGCGGCCUGACUGCACCAACGGUGGAGGACAUGAAGAGUGUGACAAGAAUGUGGAGGAGGAGGCCCAGAAACCAACCAGCUGUGGCAUGAUCACCGAUCCUAACGGUAUCUUCAAGCCUUGCCACUCUGUCGUGCCCCCGAACCAAUACUUUGAAAACUGUGUGUACGACGUGUGUGCAAAUGGAGGUCAGACUGUGGCUCUGUGCCAGGCCAUAGAGAGCUACGCUGAUUUGUGUGCUGCAGCAGGAGUCCCCAUCGCAUGGAGGAAAAACAACACCUUCUGUCCUAUCAAGUGUCCCUCAGGCAGUCAGUACAAUCCAUGUACCUCUGCGUGUCCUCAGCCCAGUUGCCAGGACCCUGCAGGCUCCGGUGGCUCCUGUAAUCAGCCCUGUGUGGAGGGAUGUGUCUGUAAUCCUGGGCUCAUCCUCAGUGGAGACAAAUGUGUCCCGCUCAGUGAGUGUGGAUGCACUGAUGAAGGUGGAAAUUACAGGCCGACAGGAGACACUUGGUUCUCAGAGAAGGACUGUUCAGAGCGCUGUAAGUGUAACGGCAACCACAACAUCACCUGCGAGCCAUGGAAGUGCAGCCCUACACAGGAGUGUAAGGUGGUGGAGGGAGUACUAGGCUGUUACUCUAGAGGAAAUGGAAUCUGCUCAGUAUCUGGUGAUCCUCACUACAACACCUUUGACAAAGUAACCCACCACUACAUGGGGUCUUGCUCCUACACCUUGACCAAACCCUGCAACGUCUCCACCGACUUGCCGUACUUCACUGUGGACACCCAGAACGAGCACAGAGGAAGUAACAAGAGGGUUUCCUACGUCAGAGCUGUAGUGAUCAAUGUGAGCGGUGUGACUGUCAUCCUUGGCAAGGGACGCAAAGUCCAGGUCAAUGGGACAGCAGUCGUCCCACCUUUGAAUCCUGCCAAAGGAGUCAAGAUCUACUUAAGUGGAAAGUUUGUCGUCCUGGAGACAGACUUUGGCCUGAGGGUGCGUUUCGAUGGUAACCACCAUGCUGACGUCACCUUGCCGACCUCCUACAGUGGCCUGCUCUGUGGCAUGUGUGGAAAUUUCAAUAACAAUCCAAGAGACGACAACCUGAAACCAGACCAAACACCAGCCGCUAACACCAAUGAGUUGGGAGACAGCUGGCAGGUUCCUGACCCGCGGCCUGACUGCACCAACGGUGGAGGACAUGAAGAGUGUGACAAGAAUGUGGAGGAGGAGGCCCAGAAACCAACCAGCUGUGGCAUGAUCACCGAUCCUAACGGUAUCUUCAAGCCUUGCCACUCUGUCGUGCCCCCGAACCAAUACUUUGAAAACUGUGUGUACGACGUGUGUGCAAAUGGAGGUCAGACUGUGGCUCUGUGCCAGGCCAUAGAGAGCUACGCUGAUUUGUGUGCUGCAGCAGGAGUCCCCAUCGCAUGGAGGAAAAACAACACCUUCUGUCCUAUCAAGUGUCCCUCAGGCAGUCAGUACAAUCCAUGUACCUCUGCGUGUCCUCAGCCCAGUUGCCAGGACCCUGCAGGCUCCGGUGGCUCCUGUAAUCAGCCCUGUGUGGAGGGAUGUGUCUGUAAUCCUGGGCUCAUCCUCAGUGGAGACAAAUGUGUCCCGCUCAGUGAGUGUGGAUGCACUGAUGAAGGUGGAAAUUACAGGCCGACAGGAGACACUUGGUUCUCAGAGAAGGACUGUUCAGAGCGCUGUAAGUGUAACGGCAACCACAACAUCACCUGCGAGCCAUGGAAGUGCAGCCCUACACAGGAGUGUAAGGUGGUGGAGGGAGUACUAGGCUGUUACUCUAGAGGAAAUGGAAUCUGCUCAGUAUCUGGUGAUCCUCACUACAACACCUUUGACAAAGUAACCCACCACUAUAUGGGGUCUUGCUCCUACACCUUGACCAAACCCUGCAACGUCUCCACCGACUUGCCGUACUUCACUGUGGACACCCAGAACGAGCACAGAGGAAGUAACAAGAGGGUUUCCUACGUCAGAGCUGUAGUGAUCAAUGUGAGCGGUGUGACUGUCAUCCUUGGCAAGGGACGCAAAGUCCAGGUCAAUGGGACAGCAGUCGUCCCACCUUUGAAUCCUGCCAAAGGAGUCAAGAUCUACUUAAGUGGAAAGUUUGUCGUCCUGGAGACAGACUUUGGCCUGAGGGUGCGUUUCGAUGGUAACCACCAUGCUGACGUCACCUUGCCGACCUCCUACAGUGGCCUGCUCUGUGGCAUGUGUGGAAAUUUCAAUAACAAUCCAAGAGACGACAACCUGAAACCAGACCAAACACCAGCCGCUAACACCAAUGAGUUGGGAGACAGCUGGCAGGUUCCUGACCCGCGGCCUGACUGCACCAACGGUGGAGGACAUGAAGAGUGUGACAAGAAUGUGGAGGAGGAGGCCCAGAAACCAACCAGCUGUGGCAUGAUCACUGAUCCUAACGGUAUCUUCAAGCCUUGCCACUCUGUCGUGCCCCCGAAUCAAUAUUUUGAGAACUGUGUGUACGACAUGUGUGCAAAUGGAGGUCAGACUGAGGCUCUGUGCCAGGCCAUAGAGAGCUACGCUGAUUUGUGUGCUGCAGCAGGAGUCCCCAUCGCAUGGAGGAAAAACAACACCUUCUGUCCUAUCAAGUGUCCCUCAGGCAGUCAGUACAAUCCAUGUACCUCUGCGUGUCCUCAGCCCAGUUGCCAGGACCCUGCAGGCUCCGGUGGCUCCUGUAAUCAGCCCUGUGUGGAGGGAUGUGUCUGUAAUCCUGGGCUCAUCCUCAGUGGAGACAAAUGUGUCCCGCUCAGUGAGUGUGGAUGCACUGAUGAAGGUGGAAAUUACAGGCCGACAGGAGACACUUGGUUCUCAGAGAAGGACUGUUCAGAGCGCUGUAAGUGUAACGGCAACCACAACAUCACCUGCGAGCCAUGGCAGUGCAGCCCUACACAGGAGUGUAAGGUGGUGGAGGGAGUACUAGGCUGUCACUCUAGAGGAAAUGGAAUCUGCUCAGUAUCUGGUGAUCCUCACUACAACACCUUUGACAAAGUAACCCACCACUACAUGGGGUCUUGCUCCUACACCUUGACCAAACCCUGCAACGUCUCCACCGACUUGCCGUACUUCACCGUGGACACCCAGAACGAGCACAGAGGAAGUAGCAAGAGGGUUUCCUACGUCAGAGCUGUAGUGAUCAAUGUGAGCGGUGUGACUGUCAUCCUUGGCAAGGGACGCAAAGUCCAGGUCAAUGGGACAGCAGUCGUCCCACCUUUGAAUCCUGCCAAAGGAGUCAAGAUCUACUUAAGUGGAAAGUUUGUCGUCCUGGAGACAGACUUUGGCCUGAGGGUGCGUUUCGAUGGUAACCACCAUGUUGACGUCACCUUGCCGACCUCCUACAGUGGCCUGCUCUGUGGCAUGUGUGGAAAUUUCAAUAACAAUCCAAGAGACGACAACCUGAAACCAGACCAAACACCAGCCGCUAACACCAAUGAGUUGGGAGACAGCUGGCAGGUUCCUGACCCGCGGCCUGACUGCACCAACGGUGGAGGACAUGAAGAGUGUGACAAGAAUGUGGAGGAGGAGGCCCAGAAACCAACCAGCUGUGGCAUGAUCACCGAUCCUAACGGUAUCUUCAAGCCUUGCCACUCUGUCGUGGCCCCGAACCAAUACUUUGAAAACUGUGUCUACGACAUGUGUGCAACUGGAGGUCAGACUGUGGCUCUGUGCCAGGCCAUAGAGAGCUACGCUGAUUUGUGUGCUGCAGCAGGAGUCCCCAUCGCAUGGAGGAAAAACAACACCUUCUGUCCUAUCAAGUGUCCCUCAGGCAGUCAGUACAAUCCAUGUACCUCUGCGUGUCCUCAGCCCAGUUGCCAGGACCCUGCAGGCUCCGGUGGCUCCUGUAAUCAGCCCUGUGUGGAGGGAUGUGUCUGUAAUCCUGGGCUCAUCCUCAGUGGAGACAAAUGUGUCCCGCUCAGGGAGUGUGGAUGCACUGAUGGAGGUGGAAAUUACAGGCCGACAGGAGACACUUGGUUCUCAGAGAAGGACUGUUCAGAGCACUGUAAGUGUAACGGCAACCACAACAUCACCUGCGAGCCAUGGCAGUGCAGCCCUGCACAGGAGUGUAAGGUGGUGGAGGGAGUACUAGGCUGUCACUCUACAGGUAAAGGAGUGUGUCAUGUGGCUGGAGAUCCUCACUACUACACCUUUGAUGGUGUGAUGCACACAUUCAUGGGCACCUGCACCUACACUCUGGUGGAGGUAUGCAACAACACCAGGGUCACUCCAUUUAGGAUCGUGGCUAAAAACGAGGAGCGUGGUCAACCCGAAGCCUCCUACGUUCGCUCCGUCAAAGUCUUCCUGCCGAAUGAUAUUGUGGUUGAGCUACAGAAGAGUCGCAGAGUUUUGCUGAAUGGACGACGGGUGCGAACCCCACUGACCACUGAUGUAGCCAAGGUGAUUACAAGUGGAUCCUACAGUCUGCUGGACACCAACUUUGGUCUACAGGUGAAGUUUGACGGAGUCCAUCACCUGGAGAUAACUGUCCCUGGAGAAUACUUCAACAAGCUUUGUGGCAUGUGUGGAAACUACAACCAUGAUAACACAGAUGACAACCUAAUGCCCAACAAGAAACCUGCCAAGGAUGUGAUUGAACUGGGCAACAGCUGGAAAUCAGAGGGAGACAGUGAUCCUGGCUGUCAGCCAGACACUCGUCCAGACAUCCACCCCAACUGCACUGCAGAGGAGGAGAAGCUCUUUGAGGCUCAGUGUGCUGCCAGCAUCCUGUCAGACCGCUUCAAGCCAUGCCACUCUAAAGUGCCCCCUGAAGCUUUUCUGGGUAACUGCAUCUACGACAUGUGCGAGUACAAUGGCAUGCAGACGACACUGUGCGACAACGUGGAGGCAUACGCUCAGGCCUGUCAGAGCGCCGGAGUCACCAUCAGCUGGAGGAACUCCACCUUCUGUCCACUGCCCUGCCCCACCAACAGCCACUACUCUGACUGCACCCCGCCAUGCCCCCCAACCUGCUCCGACCUCUUCCCCACCACCUGCCACCUCCCACCAACCACCUGUGUGGUGGGCUGCCAGUGCGACGCUGGCUUUGUGCUCAGUGACAACAACUGUGUUGCCCUGGAUAGAUGUGGCUGUCUGGACUCAGAUGGAGAGUAUCAUGAUGUAGGGGACUCGUGGCUGACAGGAAAAUGUGCUGACUCAUGCACCUGUAAACCUGGAGGCAAGAUCACAUGUGUGGACCACACCUGUAAUUCAAACUCAAUUUGCGCUCUGGACAAAGAUGGAGAUCUCUACUGCAAACCCACAAAGUUUGACAGGUGCACUAUCUCAGGGGAUCCUCACUACCGAACAUUUGAUGCCUUCACCCAUCACUUCCAGGGACCGUACACCUACAUCCUGGCUCAGGGACACAACCUCUUGUCCAAUCAGCCGAACCUGGUGAUCAGAGGAAAGAACAUCAGGCGAGGAGGGAACAGGAGGGUGUCAUUCCUGGAUCAGAUGUACACUGAUGUUUAUGGUGUUAAUGUCCGUUUCCUGCAGAGGAAGACUGCCUUGGUAAAUGGGGAGCGUGUUGCGCCGCCUCUUAGUCCAGUCGAUGGUUUGACCAUUACCAUGAACUCCAACUAUGUGCAACUCACCACUGACUUUGGACUCACGGUUCGCUUUGAUGGCAACAGUCGCGGAGAAAUCAUACUGCCCAGCACCUAUAGGCACUCUGUCAGAGGGUUGUGUGGAAACUAUGAUGGCCUCACCAGAAAUGAGUAUACAAAGCCAGAUGGGAAAUUGGUCAGGAGCCUGAACGAAUUUGGAGAAAGCUGGAGGGUCAAUGACCGACAGAGUGAUGGCUUAAAGAUCUACGACCUGCCAUUGGCAGUCCAUGCUCAUAGGCGAGAUGUGGAGACUGAUCCAGACUCAGGGUUUGAGACAUCAGACUGUUCUCAGUCUCAGCUCAAUGAUUACAACAGUGUGGCUCAGUGUGGAGCCCUAUCCAAUCCCACGGGCCUGUUCACCGCCUGCCACACUGUCCUGCCACCCAAAACCUACCAGGAUGACUGUGUGUAUGACCUGUGUGCCGAGGAAGGCAGCAAAGAACUGCGUUGUACCAGUUAUGAAGCAUAUGCUGUAGCCUGUCAGGAAGCUGGAGUCAAACUGGGAUCCUGGAGGCAGCAGCUGGACUGUAACCUCCCCUGUGGUGGCAACAGCACCUACUCCACCUGUAUGUCACCUUGCCCCGCCUCCUGUGCCAACCUGGCAGCGCCCUCUGAGUGUGAAGUCACCACCUGUUUAGAGGGUUGCCAGUGUGCUCCCAGCUUUGUCAUGAGUGAGGGAGUCUGCGUACCAUACUCACAGUGCGGCUGCACCUUCCUCAACAGAUACUACCCUCUGGGGGAGAGGUUUGUGACGGAGGACUGUUCCAAGACCUGUGAAUGCACUGCCACUGGCACCGUGUGCCAACCCAAGACCUGCCAGGGUAGUGAAGUGUGCACCAUCUUUGACUUCAAACGGGGCUGUUUCAGAGCGAGUCCCUGCCUCGAUAACCCGUGUCUGAACGAAGGGACAUGUUUAGAAGGCAGCAACAACACCUACAGCUGUCGGUGUAAAGAAGGCUAUGAGGGAACUAACUGUGAGACAGUGAAUCCUUGCCUCAGUAACCCGUGUCAGAAUGGAGGAACAUGUGUGAAGGGCAGCAACAGCACAUACAGCUGUCAGUGUGCAGAAGGCUUCGAGGGAACCAACUGUGAGACAGUGAAUCCUUGCCUCAGUAACCCGUGUCAGAAUGGAGGAACAUGUGUGAAGGGCAGCAACAGCACAUACAGCUGUCAGUGUGCAGAAGGCUUCGGGGGAACCAACUGUGAGACAGAGAAAGCGAGUCCCUGCUUCAGUUACCCGUGUCAGAACGGAGGAACAUGUGAAGAAGUCAGUGACAGCGCAUACAGCUGUCAGUGUACAGAAGGCUUCGAGGGAACCCACUGUGAGACAGAGAAGACGGAUGAUGGAGGACUGGAAACCAAAUGGAUCAUCGUCAUCGCAGUUCUGGUCCCACUCGCAGUCAUCCUCAUCAUCAUCAUCACUGUUGCAUGCGUUUGUAAAAGCAAGGCCAAGUCACAGAUUUAUGUAAUUCAGACGCGGCAGUCGAAUCAACAACAUAAAGAGUAGGGACUGCUUUCAUCCUGUCUUAUCUCCAUCUGUGUCUCCUCCUCUCUCUCCUGCUUGUGCAAUGUGCAGCUGCCAACAAUGAUAAUAAAAGUGGUAAUAAUAAGUGGUAGUGGUAAUAAUAAUAAUACUAAUUGGAGUUUCUCACUUUGGUUCUUUGUCUCCACAGAAAAAAAAGGUCUGCAGAGAGAGAAUUCAUCAUGAAUUCAAAUGUUCCGUACAACAUGCACUCAAAUGACCAAGACAAUGUCAGAAUGAGUAAUAUGUGAUGAAGAAAUGAACAAAAAACAACUGCUUGGCCUGUUUGGUGUUUACCUGAAUGUCCUCACCUGCUACUGAGGUGAACAUGCACGGUCUCCUCUGAUGCUCGUUCAGCAGGUCUCCAAAGAAAACCAAACAUUUGAAGAAGAAGGAGUUGUUGUUGUUUUCUUCCAUGUGUUAUUUUUUCAUAAUUUGCGCUUUUGACUUUGUAAUUUUACUCCGAUGUGUACGUUAAAUUAACAGAGAAAGUGUGUCACCCAUAUAAUAAUGUAAUGUGAUUUAAAGUAUUUUUGGAAUUAAAUGUUUUGGGGGAA